UGCGUAGUCAUUGCAUCGCGAUAGAUAGCAAAAGGAGAACGAAUAGAAAUACACGACAGAGGAGAACACUUUCCCUCGGUCGAAAAGUCAUGGAUGGCGGUUCCCAUGAAAGAAGAAAAGAGAAAAGACCGAGAGAAUGGGAGAGAGUGAGGGAAUAAUUCCAUCGGGAACGAAGUAUGUCGAGGUCUUUUCACGGACAGUCAUCGUGAACAAGGUUUAUCGCGUAUAAUCGUGAUUGUAGGAUUCGAUGAUUUCCUUCCUCCGCUUAAAUUUUUUCAUUUGGCCCCCUCCCCACUCUUUUUCGAUCCUUCUCAACCCCCUCCAUCGCCAUGUCAUCCUUUCCCUCCUUGUUUUCGCUACCUUAUUUCCGCUCCCCCUCUCCCACGUCCCCCUCCAACCCCCUCGGUGAAGCUCGAUAGACGAUGAACAAUCCGCCGGUAGUCUCGCGAACGCGAUAACUUUGUUAAAAUAGUUAAACGUGAGUUUCCGAUCGCGGGUGUUGAGUGUGGUAACGAUAAUAAAGCGUGGAAUGUCUGUAAAAAGGAUCGGUUGAAUGUUUUUUCUGGAUCAGGAUGUCGUCGUCCACCGUUUUGAGUAAGUUUUCUGUCUUUAAAUACGUGGUUCAAGCACGGUAACGCGGGAACGGGCGCCCGCUGUCAUUCAACUUUGUGAAGGAUACUUAUUCCUUAUCGAACGUUUAACAAUGUCCCGAUUAUCGAUAGAAAAACAUUGGAAAGCAAAAGAUCGAACUUCAUUCGAGAGUUUCGCGAUAUAUAUUCGCAUGGUAAAAUCAUGAACAUCGAUUCGUAUUUUAUCGCGUUACGUUAACGCGCGAAAACUUUUAAACCACUUUACUUAAAAUUUAAACUUUUAUUCUCGACUUUUCAAACGCUAACAAAUUCGGAAUUAUUUUCACGUGUCCCAGUUACACAUUGUUUGAUGACGACGCUACACGAUACUUGUGUUAGAUUCGAAAUUAUACUAGGGAUCAUUAAUUCUCAUUUGUUAGUGAUCGAGGUCUGUUUCUGUUGAGCAAUUCGUACGAUGUGAACCAAAGGGGCGCGUAAAAGAACGCGCGUAGCCACAAUAUGCAAGGGAAUGUUUUACGAUACUGUACAAUGUGAAAUGUUAAAUUAAAUCGAUACAUGCAUGACACUAUUAUGUUUUGUAUUCAUCGAUGAAGAUAAAGGUAUCGUUGGCUAUAAAAUUGGAAAAAGGACGGUGUAACAUUUCAUGAGAUAAGAAGAAAGUAACGACGAUAAUCAGCGAUCCUGGAUGAUCAGCUCUUCUCUCGGUUGUGUUAUCGUAGGAGAGUGUAGCACGAGCUUGGUGAUGAAUCAGUGAAUGGAAGGAAGGCACACUUUCUCGUCGAGCAACUUUCACCAUCGAUGAAAUCCGUGUGCGUAGACCGAUGAUUCCAAAAACGUUCGCUUGAUCGUUCGCUUUCUUUUGUCCUCCUCUUGAGAAAAAGUUUCAAGGAAGCGGCGCGCAUCGUUUACAAGCAAUAACCUUGAAUCACUCUUCUCGAGUUUCAGCGAUUUUUCUAAUCUAUUCCCAGUAUGAGCUCUGAUAGCGGUGUAAUAAUAUUUUAAAAUACAACAUUCGAAUGCAACAGAUUCGCGAAACUAAACAAGUUUCACCAAUGGCUUCGUUACGCUUCCGAUUCGAUUUCACGGUGAAUCGAGUUAUCUUCUUCUUCUACGCUGCCAACACGCUUUUCCUAUCGAUUUUACUUUUAGACUCGCGAUUGAAACUCGAGAAAUCGUGUUAAUAGGUUAUCGACGUAAUCGGGCAAUAUGUUAUUCGACAAGCUUAUGUUGUAUAGCGUGAUUAAAAAAUUUUCAAAUACAAUGACGUUAACGUCGUCAUCAAAUACUAUGUUUGAAAAAAGCAGCGUAUAACGCUAGCGGUAAAUAUUCGGUUUUACGAUAAUUACACCGCUUAAAUUUUAGAUCUUAAUUCAUUGGAACGCGGUACAGUACGGUACGAUACGAUACGAUACGCGGUGAUAGAUGAUGAGUCACUGAUUUGUCUGACAAUAAUUUUUCGAAAUGAAAACUAUUAAUCGAUCAGUCAAAUCGCGAAUUUAUUUUCAAUUUCUGUUUCUGUUAAUUUGCAGUAUUCUUUGUAGAAGAGAAAGGGAGAUAGAUUCUAUUGUAUGUGAUGCUUACAGAAUACUACCUACUAGUUCUAUUGUAUGCUAUCUGCUGAUAUACACGAAUGUUUCAGAAUUGUGCACAGUAUGGAGUUUGCUAACGAGUUCCUGGUCAUACACCGAACAAAUCGCCCACUAUCGUUAUCAUACCGCAUCGAAUAGAUACGGAUCAUCUGAAAAGUUUGUGAUACCAAUGCGAGGAUGGAGUGAAACGGAUGGAUGGGAUAGCAGUUAUUCGCAAAGGUCACCUCCUGCAAUUUUUCGGAGGAACACACACAUUAGACCUUAUGUAAGGUUAGCGAAAGUCGAACAGGAACGAGAACAACCGGAUCCAUUGGUUACGAUCUCUGAAACUUUGGGUGCUUUAAACACUGUCGGCAGUUACAUCGUCAAUAUGACCAGAGGUAUGGAGAAUUCGAGUUACCCGCCAAAGGAAUUACCAUCGGCUAUAUACACUAUCUCGAAGAAUAUUUUAGGACGCAACGUAACAGAUAGCAUUGCACCGUUAGUUCGAGGAGUAGCUUUGCCUUUGCGACCUAUACCGACCGGCAGUUCCUCCUCCUCCUCCUCCUCCUCCUCCUCCUCCUCCUCCUCCUCUCCUUCCUCCUCCUUCUCUUCUUCUUCCGCGAUUGAGAUCAACCAAGAGAGUAAGGAAAAAGAAUCUGCGAUAUCGUCGGUUGGCUGCACCACAGCGGACGGUUACCCCGGAAAGUGUCAAGAUUUGAGUAAUUGUCCUCAGCUGUUGCUAGAUUUGACAAAACUCAGACAAUCAUUAUGCUUCAAAAGUUUAUUCGUUCCGGGAGUCUGUUGUCAAUCGACGGAUAAAAUUGACACCAAUGGGACGAGUCCGAUAGUCGGUACGAUCUCAACCUCAGGGAUCGAAUCAGCUGUACAUCCACCAUUGCGCCCACCAAUCCGUCCGACAAAACCACAUCAAACUCCUCGACCGAUACCGCUGUUUCCCGUUGCCUCUGCUACCACGGUUACGACUGCGCCGACGAAUCUUCCCGGGCUGUUAACUACAGAAUUCGUCCCAGUAUCCUCACCCGCUGUCGACUUAUCAGUGAACCAUUCAAACAAUUUCUUUGGUUCUUCUACCACUGGCGGCACUAUCGAUACUAAUUUCAUACAGGACGACGAAGAAUGUGGAGUAAGGAAUUCGGGUAAGUAUCGAGUAGUCGGUGGAGAGGAAGCUCUUCCUGGACGUUGGCCUUGGAUGGCGGCCAUAUUCUUGCAUGGUUCGAAACGCACGGAAUUUUGGUGUGGUGGAUCUCUUAUCGGUCCGCGGUAUAUUCUCACCGCGGCCCAUUGUACGCGCGAUCACCGUCAACGGCCAUUUGCCGCGAGACAAUUCACUGUGCGUCUCGGGGAUAUUGACCUUGAAAGAAACGACGAACCAUCCGCCCCAGAAACCUACGCGGUCAAGCAAAUUCACGCACAUCCAAAAUUUUCUCGUGUUGGAUUUUACAAUGACAUUGCGGUUCUUGAACUGACUAGGAUCGUUCGAAAAUCUCCUUAUGUUAUACCGAUCUGUCUGCCGCAAGUACAUUAUCGAAAAGAGCGAUUUGCUGGCGCAAGGCCUACUGUAGUCGGAUGGGGUACAACUUACUACGGUGGGAAAGAAAGCACGGUACAAAGACAAGCGGUGCUGCCAGUAUGGAGGAACGAAGACUGCAACGCAGCUUACUUUCAACCAAUUACCAGUAAUUUUCUAUGCGCUGGGUACAGUCAAGGUGGCAAAGACGCUUGUCAAGGCGAUUCCGGUGGUCCGCUUAUGCUUAGAGCUGACGGCAGAUGGAUUCAAAUCGGUAUCGUUUCAUUCGGCAACAAAUGUGGAGAACCCGGAUAUCCGGGAGUAUAUACGCGUGUCACCGAAUAUAUAGACUGGAUUAAAAGUAAUUUAAAUUAAGAGUGAGAAACUUCCGAUCCUUGCUAAAAUGGAUUUGUACUUUCAAAUUCCAAAUGCGCGGUAUGACAUUUUUUUACGGUAGUACGAUAUUGUUUGUAUACCUCUGAUUGUGAGUGCCAAGAAUCCUUAUUUAUACGUACCCUGUCUAUAUUAUUAUAUAUGCACUAACGUGAACAGGUAUAGCAGAAAUAUGCAUACCCUCGUGCAUUUGUGUUAUAAUUCUCACUUAUAUUAUAAUUAUUGUAUAUACGUGCGCACAUUUACGCAUAGUUUAAUAAAUUAUAUGUAUAAAUUAAA